GUUUGAUCCGGGCGUGUCCGGCAGAGCUGGCGCUCUCCACAUCUCACAAACCUCCACUGAGGCCCUCUCACACAGUCAGUCCACAAUGUGACCUAUCUAACUGGGCAACAAAUACCUGGAAGGCAAGAGGAGAGUGUCGGUCUGGGGUCGAAGUGCCAGCGAGAGAACCUUUAUCUUCAUUAACUUCGGAGGGGCCAGAUCGACCCUCGGUGGCUGGGUGACCGUGCGGAGUUGACACUGAAGGUUGGGAGGCAGGGUCCUGCUGAGGGUCGGCGUGUGCCUCCGUCGGAGGGGAGGUUUCGGCAACGGGUCGAGUGAUGCGGGGCAGCAAAGGAGGGUCGCCCCGAGGGCACCGGCAGCGCAAGGACCAGCAGGCGGAAGCCUACGAGGAGGAGAGCGAGCUGCCUGACAUGGUCAUGGAGAUCGAGGACGAUGUGCUGGAGGAGUACAAUGAGUCGAAGGGAACCUACCAGGACAAGAACCAGCGGCUGGCCAAAGCCCUGGCCCUGCUGGGCCUGCUGGUCUGCCUGAUCCUGCUCGGACUGAUGGUCUACUUCGGAGUGACCUAUGAGAAGAUGCGUCGGCGGCUGCGGCAGGCAGGGGUCGGUCUGCAGGAAACGACGGAGCGGUAUCUGAAGAUGCAGCAGAACGCCCGCCUGCAGGAGGAACAGUACUGUGGUCACUUCCGUAACUCCACUCAGCACUGGCUGCAGCUCUUCUGUGAGAAGUAUGAGUGCCCCACCAGGAUCUGCGACCCGGGCUGGAUCCUGUUCGGCAGGAGCUGCUUCCUGUUCAGUAACGUCAGCCAGAGCUGGGAGCAGAGUGGAGAGGCCUGCAUCCAGCUGCAGGGGUACCUGGCCAUUAUCAGCAGCAAGAAGAUGCAGAAGUUCCUGCUGGAGCACAGGAGGGAAUCCAUCUACUGGAUCGGGCUGACGGACAAGGUGACGGAGGGCAGCUGGGUUUGGGUCGACGGCACCAAGGUGGCAGAUGGUGUCAUGUUGUGGGCCAGUGGCCAGCCGGACAACGCCUUCAACAGGACCCUGAGGAUGGUGGAGAACUGUGGGGCAUUGAGCCAGCGUGGGUGGCUGGACGAGGCGUGUGCCCGCAAGUUACCCUGCAUCUGUGAGAAGAGCGCCAUCCGACUGCACCUCGUCUUCCAGCGGGCCCGCCGUGGCUGAGCGGGGCACUCCUCGCUCAGGGAGACGGUGGGCUUUCUGUGGACAUCCUGAAUCCACCCUCCCCAUGGUGCGAAUGGCCACCAACCAAGACUGACCCUUUUCUUCUUUGCGUGCAGCCGCGACAACCCCUCCCCUGACUUUGCUCCCUACCCAUCCAGUCUGCACACCUCAGGGUGGGGAGCGGGACACCACUGACUCUGAUCCCCACAGGCUGAGGAAUGGAGUGCCCCCUAUCAACUCACCUUUGAACAAGCACCACACUGACCCUGCUCUCCCGAGGCGGGAUUGGGCCACCCAACUCCCCCUGACUCUGUGCUCCUCAGGACAGCGAAGUGGAUUCCCCAUCCCAAACCCUCCACGCCACGGUCAAUUCCGACCUCCCCGCAGCACACAAAGGAACCCCUCCCCUCCUACACACCUCUUCUCGGGCUGGGUCUGGGACCUGAGGCAAUGCCUCACUGCAACAUCCACACCCCUCACGCACAUCUACUCUCCUCAUGGUGAGUUACAGGGCAUUUGCCCUCCAUGCGGAGGGGUAUCGGACCCACCCUCACCCCCUCUGCCCUCCCUGGGAUGUGGCCCUCGCCCCCUCACUCUGCCCCCCGUGGGAUGUGACCCUCACCCCCUCUCUCUGCCCUCCCUGGGAUAUGACCCUCACCCCCUCUCUCUGCCCUCCCUGGGAUAUGACCCUCACCCCCUCACCCUGCUCUGAUCUACUUGGGUUUUCAACAGGAUAUGGGACAACCCGUUAUUCUGCUUUGUUUGUGGUGGGCGAGUGACCCCGCCCCCCCUGGCUUAUUUUACUCUCUGGGAAUGGGAUCCAGGUUGCCCUCUCACUCUGCUCUGACAGGACACUGCCUGUGAUUCUGCUGUCCCCUUACCCUGCCUGGUUGCUGACUCCAACCUGAGGGAGAAUGCUUUCGAUCUGUUGAAUAUUAUAAUUAGUUAAUCUGUUAAUUAUUUUCUUGUUAAAAUGUAUCUAUGAAACAGAUUAAAAGUUAGUGUAAUAGUG